ACCAUGGAUCCUCAUUACUCUAGUGACGUCAGUCUAAUGCGGUAUAGUUACAACUUACACCAGUUCUGUAGUUGUAGUACCUAGUGCCCCUGUAAGGCUGUAUCUGUAUGUGUUACGGGCAUCAAUACUAGAAUUUCUAGAAAUCCAUAUGCCCUGGCACUAAAUGUCGUCCUGUUUAGACGCUGCGCAGAAAGCUGCUGCUGAGGUGAAGGCAAAGUUGAUAGCUGCUGGGCAACUUUCAAAUGGGAAAACUAUUGGAAAUCACCCAACCUCUGAUUCAAGUGGUACCAGCAAAUCCUUGCGUGUUGCUGGAGCUGCAGGUUGUGCCAAGUCUCGACUUGGUAUGUUCCACACCGAAGAAGUUGUCAUCAAUGAUGUGUCCAUGAGUGCACGCAACUAUCUAACAAGAACAGCAACUCAAGAAGAGAUUACAAAGAUAUCAGGGGCGUCUGUGUCUACCCGAGGUCGUUAUCUCAGUGCUGCUGAGGUUGCUAAGUUGCCCCCUGAUCCUCCGUCGAAUGAGAGGCCCCUUUUCCUUCACAUACAAGGAGCCAAUGAGCAGGAUGUAAAAGUUGCUGUGGGACGUGUCAUGCACAUAAUUCUGGAACACAAUCAAGGAAAUAAAUCUACGACCAAUAAUGGGAAAAGCAGUUCAAAGUUUCAUGGGCGUGGAAGAAACCAUUCAAAAUUUGGUACUGGGUCACGUUUCAGCCCAGCAAAACCUGGAUGGGCUUCAAACCUCGAAGGAAAUGCCAAUGCCAUCGCCGACAAGAUGCAAUGUCGAAAAUCUGUGUAUGAGAGACUAGGCACUCCUCAUCCACCUUCAAUAACACCGGACGUUGAUCCCAUGUUGGCUGGUGCUUCAAAUGGCAAUGACUUGGCUCUGGUCUCACAGGAAAAUUUUGAUCUAAGACUGAGGUUGAGACCUCCAUGCUAUGAACCCAAUCCUCCAGUUGUGGGCAGUGCCUUGGUAGAGCCUGAGAAUUCCAAAGUAACUUUUCUGGUAGCGCCUCCACCAGCUCCAUUGCAGCGUGAGAAGGUUUUCUUGCCAGACCUUGCAGGGGUACCAGCAACGGAGGUGUUUGCAGCUCUUGCAGGAGAAAAUGAAGAAAAUCUUCAGUACAUCCGAGAAGAAACAGGAGUCAACGUUGUGCUCAGAGGCACUGGAAGCCUUGACACCUUAACAUCAACCCUCCAGCCUGAAGCUUUACACUUCUACUUAGAGCACACGGACAUAAAUCGUUUCAAUAACGCCAAGUCCUUAGUGGUGAACCUCGCCCAGACUGUCAUCUCGGAACUGCAGCAGCAAGUACUGCAGAAACAAGUUCACUUGCAGGUGCAUGAACAGCACCUGCAGCUGCACCAGUUGGCCCAACAGCAAAUCCAGCAGCUUCGACAACAACAAUUGCAAGAAGCUCAGCAGCAAGUUGAACAGCAACAACACGUUCAACAGCAACAGCAGAUUCAUCAAGCUGAACAGCAGCUGCAGCUUGUUCAGCAGCAACACCUGAUUCAACAUCAGCCGCAACACACAGCUAUAGAGCAACAGCAAGUAUCUCACGUCGUAGUAACCCCCACCGUAGACGCACAACACCAAACAUCUCACGUGGUGUUGCACCAGGUUCAGUUCCAGCUCCCACAAGCAGAGCACCCACACCAGCAGUACAGCCAGCCUGCUCAGGAGGUCGCUUAUCAGUUCACUAUCGCUAACCAGCCUGCCGCCUCUUCGGUCCCUGAUGUGCACACGCAUGUUGAGGUCAAAGCUGAAAUUACUGCCAAUGCUGCAAGUGUUGAAAAUUUGAUACCUCAGACACUGGCUCCUGGAAAUCUUCCAACUUCAUCCAAUUCAAGUUCAUUGAAUUUUUCUGCUCCUGGUAUACCAGUCACAUCGGCUGCUUCGAACGUGCAUCAAAUUCUCCGUACCACUCCCAGCCGAUUUUCAGAACAUCUUGACACGGCCGGCUCUUCAUCUAAGCACCACUUUGCUCAUCAAGAAACUGUUCGAGCCACCCACGCAAUGGCUAAAGAUGAAUCUGUAAACACAACAGAACCUCAAAUCCAUUCUGCUACCUCCCAAGAAUUACCUGUGGGGGCUUCUAGUUCCAUCGAGCAUCAAAGUCAUGGAUCGGGAUUGGAAACUACACAGACGGCUACUACUGAACAUGAAUCAGCAACUGCAAAUGAAUUGCCUUCAAGUGAAGCUCAGCGCAUGGCCUGCUCUUCUAGUUUAGCUCAUACUGUUUCAUCAUUCGCUCCCUCCAUGGUAUCGCAACCUUCAGUAGCGAUUCCUUAUUAUGUUUCUGUCCCUUCUUAUCCACCUCCAACCCCUUCUGUUGCCACCUAUGAUGCGUCGCAACCUCCUCCUGUAUCACACCCUCCAGCCACGGUCGCUCAAGCUGCUGUUGUACCAUCAGCUUCCUAUGCAACCAUCUCUGUUGCUUCCUAUGCUGCGGCACCUGCUGCCUCCUAUGCUGCGACACCUGCUGCCUCCUAUGCUGCGACACCUGCUGCCUCCUAUGCUACAGCAUCGUAUGCCUCCCCUGCUACCUCACAUUCAUCAGCACCGGUGGUUUCUUAUGCUUCAGUACCUUCAACCUCAAAUGCGGCCGUGGAGCCUGCGACCCAAACCGAAGCUCCUGCUGCAAAUUUCGGUACGCCGUCGGUCUCUGCAUAUAAUCCCCAUACUAGAUCUUACGAUGUUUCAGUCCCUCUUGUUUCAUCUGCUGAAGUUUCUCAGUAUCCUCCAUCGACCGCCAAUACAGUUGUAAAUUCGCAAUUCGGUCAGCAGUGUCACCUGCAGGGCCAACAAGAAUCAGCACUCCACUUACAGAAUGAGCAUCAGGUGACAAUUUUGUCUCAACCACAUCAAGUGCCUUCUCAAUUGCAAAGCCAGCAUCAUCUUGCAGUCAGCCAAGCCCAAUCCCUCCAGCAAACUGGCGAACCUCGAGCUGAAAUGCAGCCUCCGAACCUCUCUCAUUCCCAGGUAUAUCCGCCUACAUCGGCUCAGCAGCAGCCAGUGUCACCGUAUAAAGCACAGACCCAUCAUCUGUCUGCUCGACAGAGUCCAAGCUCUUUGAAUCAAUCUCCCUAUUAUGUAAAUCACAAGCCUCCUAGCACAUCUGCGGCAGAGGAGACCCGGAUAAGUUCUGCUCCUGAUUAUUUGCUACGGGAACAAAGAACUGAUCCAAACAGAAACCACUUAGAUGUAGAGCAGCGUCAUUCUGGCGAACAGCAAGAAAAUCGUCCAGCUCAUAUACAUGAGCAUGAGCAUCUUCACUUCCAAUACCCACAGCCACCAAACACGAACGACGGACACCAUCAUCAAAUUCAACAACAGCAAGAAAUGCAGCAGCAGCAGCAAAUACAACAGCAACAGAUACAUCAUCAGCAGCAGCAACUGCAACAGCCACAACAUAAUGUUAUUUAUCAAACGCACUCUCGCCCAGAGCAAGGAACUCAUCAAGAUUCUUAUCAUUUGCAACAACAAGCAGUAGAUCAACAUCAGUCUUACCUGCGACGAAAAGAUGAGCAAGAACAAAUGUUACAGGCAAGCCAGGAUUUGCAAAUGAAGCUGCAAACUCCAAAUGAAUUUGUAGACAAUUCUCAUAAGAAUAUCUACCAGGCUCAUCAACCAACAUCGGCUACACAGCUUGGCCAAGAGAUGUAUGAUCCUCAUAACUAUCCCGAGUCUCGACAACAGAACUAUGAGACGACUCCAUACCAAGAGUAUCAAGGCUCAACCGGGUCUGCUCACAACUCCUUACACUGGCAACAGCAGCAGCGAAACGAAUUUCAUUCAACAGAUGUGGCGGGACCUCCGAAGUCGAGCGUUGGACCUGGUGGCGUCGUUGCUAGAGCACCUCCUCAGCGGCUGGUGUAUGAUUCAGGGUAUUGCAGCAACUCUGCCGCUCAUGCCACCUCCACUGCCGCUCCUCUGCACUUAACAGUGGCAGAACUCAGCCAGCAUCCACCCCCACCACCUCCUCCUGCACCGCCAACACCAACUCUCCGCGAUUACCACCAGCCAAUAAUCAAUCCGUUGCCAGAAUUUCCGGUUCGUCAGUUGCCAGAGUAUGCGGCUCGGCACGGCGAUUCAAUGCAAAGUAAUACAGGGUGGAGCGUCUACCCAAACGCUGCUGCUGGUGCUCCCUCGCACCGAGGUGAGCUCCAGCGCCAACCAACCAGAGAUUUUUGCCACGCUGGUGGCGAGAGCAAUGUUUCGGGACGGCGAUCUCGUAUCGACGGCGGCAAGAACACACUUGAGGACCGCAGCCUAGAUCAGGCCGGCGAGUCUGGCGCUACUGACGCCGACAAGGGCAUCCUGAACACAGGGCGGAGGAGCGACACCACAGCCGUUGUCCGGCGAUACGGCAACUACCCUUUCGGGAGCGUGGGGCCCAUCAAAAGAAGACGCUUCUGACGAGUUAAUCUUGUAUCACUUAUUUCUGUAUAGUGAAUUCUUUUGAAUAUAGCGUUGAUUUAGUUAUUACAGAACCCUUUCCUGAAGCUUGUUGAAUAAUCGCUUCUCAGUUUGUUUUAGUUCUUAACCCAUGGAAAGUAGAAACGUCCAUGAAUGAGCCCCUUUCCGCCACUUCCCGGUAAUGUUGGUGAUCAAGGAUUUGUGCCAUUCUUGCACCAGAAGGUGAAUAGACUUGUGAGAAUAAGAUACAAAAAUUAAAAA